UCGAAAGCACAUAAAAAUCUCCAUCUUUUUUUUUUUCAAAGUCUCCAGCUUUAUUUCUAUUUCUGUUCCUUUCUGACAUCCAUCAAAUGGCGGUGAUGGCGAUUCACGCAAAUUAGGGUUUUUUUUUUCUCUUUCAUUUCUUCUCUCGAGAAAUUAUUCUCACACAUCUCGAUUCUCUCUCCUUUUCGCCUUGUCCAUCCCCACCGACUGUAACUCUCCCAACUCCUCACAUUCCCGCUUCUGGUCGCCCAAUUGUCGCGUGGGAUCGUCCAGAUUUGUCUUCUCGCUGUAUGCUCUGAUCGGGUUCAUCAUGGCGUUGAAGUCUAGCUCUGUUGACAGUAGAACCAGGAGCUCUAUACAGAUCUUUGUCGUUGUCGGGUUGUGUUGCUUUUUCUACAUCCUGGGUGCAUGGCAAAGGAGCGGUUUUGGCAAAGGUGACAGCAUUGCUCUGGAGAUGACUAAGAGCGGAUCAGAUUGCAACAUGGUUCCUAGCUUGAGCUUCGAGACUCAUCACACGGGUGAUCUGUCCGUUGAGGAAUCGUCAAAGGCCAAGGCUUUCGAGCCAUGUGAUGCUCGUUACACUGAUUACACUCCCUGCCAAGAUCAAAGGCGAGCCAUGACUUUCCCCAGGGAGAACAUGAUCUAUCGAGAAAGGCAUUGCCCGCCCGAGGAAGAGAAGCUUAAUUGCAUGAUUCCGGCCCCCAAUGGAUACGUGACCCCGUUCCCAUGGCCCAAGAGCCGUGACUAUGUGCCAUACGCGAAUGCACCGUACAAGGCCUUGACCGUAGAGAAGGCUAUUCAGAAUUGGAUUCAGUAUGAGGGUAAUGUAUUUAGAUUCCCUGGUGGUGGAACACAGUUCCCUCAAGGUGCUGAUAAAUAUAUCGAUCAGCUUGCAUCAGUGAUACCGAUGGGUAAUGGAACGGUUAGGACAGCUUUGGAUACCGGUUGUGGGGUUGCCAGUUGGGGUGCAUACUUGUGGAGCAGAAAUGUCGUUGCUAUGUCAUUUGCACCGAGAGAUUCUCAUGAGGCCCAGGUCCAAUUUGCUCUAGAGAGGGGUGUUCCUGCAGUUAUCGGUGUUCUUGGUACUAUAAAGUUGCCAUACCCGUCUAGAUCUUUCGACAUGGCUCACUGUUCUCGUUGUUUAAUUCCAUGGGGAGCAAAUGACGGGAUGUACUUGAUGGAAGUGGACCGUGUCCUGAGACCAGGGGGCUACUGGGUGCUGUCUGGUCCUCCGAUCAACUGGAAGACAUACUACAAGGCGUGGCAGCGGCCCAUGGAGGAGCUUCAAGAGGAACAACGAAAGAUCGAGGAGAUUGCCAAUCUUCUCUGUUGGGAAAAGAAGUAUGAACAUGAUGAGAUUGCGAUUUGGCAGAAGAGAGUAAACGACGACUCAUGCCGCUCAAGACAAGACGAUCCUCGAGCUAACUUUUGCAAAACCGACGACCCUGAUGAUGUCUGGUACAAGAAAAUGGAGGGAUGCAUUACUCCGUAUCCCGAGGUAAGCAGCCCGGAGGAUGUAGCCGGAGGCGAACUGAAGGUUUUCCCGGAAAGGCUCAAUGCAAUUCCUCCUCGGAUCUUGAGUGGUUCCAUUUCCGGGGUCUCAGUUGAGGCAUACGAAGAGGAUAACCGACAGUGGAGAAAGCACGUCAAAGAGUACAAGAGACUUAACAGUCUCCUCGACACUGGAAGAUACCGUAACAUCAUGGAUAUGAACGCCGGUUUUGGUGGAUUCGCUGCAGCUAUCGAGUCGAGAAAACUCUGGGUUAUGAAUGUGGUGCCCACAAUCGCCGAGAAAAACACCCUUGGAGUUAUAUAUGAGCGAGGACUUAUCGGAAUUUACCAUGACUGGUGCCAGGCUUUCUCGACAUACCCAAGAACAUAUGACCUUAUCCACGCGAACCAUCUCUUCAGUCUGUACAAGGACAGGUGCAAUGCAGAAGACAUUCUACUGGAGAUGGAUCGGAUUCUGCGUCCAGAAGGGGCAGUCAUAUUCCGAGACGAGGUCGAUGUCUUGAUCAAGGUGAAGAAGAUCAUCGGGGGAAUGAGAUGGGACUCGAAGUUGGUGGAUCACGAGGAUGGCCCGUUAGUUCCCGAGAAAGUUCUGAUCGCCGUGAAGCAGUAUUGGGUCACCGGCAGCAACUCCACAUCAGCAAACUGAGAAUUUUCCGGCGACAGAGUCACCGGACGUUUUGAUCGGAGGAAACCGUGGAUUGAUUGAUGACCUUUUCAGUUCGAGAGAUUUGUUCGCUUUUUGCUAACACUAUCUACGGGAUCCGUGCUUGGCCGCUUGUCGAUGAUUUAUACAGAGUUAGACGCAACUUUGUGAGAUACAAUCGUCUAAAAGCUUUAUGAAACUAUUUAAUUAUUUACGAUUAUUUUUUUUC